UCACACUGGAAGUUAGCCUAUAAAACACCUGCCUGCUACUAUGGCUUUGCCUCAUCGCCUUCCACAUGUUUACUUCCCCCUCCAUCAUCUUUGCGCUGAUCAGCUUCCUCGCUGGUGCAAAUGCUUAUGUAUGUGUGAAGUGCUCAGCCACACUCAACUACUCUGGCGGUACUACCUUGUACACAAUAGGUACCCGCGUAGAAGGCCAGAACACAUAUUGCAUCUACCAGCGGCAACCUUGGUAUGAAAAGGCACCAGUGAGCUGUGCAUAUAACACCAAUAGCGGCAUGUUUCAAGCUGGGGAUAAGAACUGUCCGGCUACGGCAACUGUGAAAGAUCACUGCUGAACGUGAUGUGGAGAGGUAGGGGAGAGACAUCACAGAGGGGCAAUGUUCGUCCGCAGACAGUAGGGUGUAUGUCAGUAGAUCACCAUCUGUUACGAGAAUUACCUUCGCAACUGAUCACGUAAGACUAAAG